AAAUUUGGUUCAGACAAAGUUUAGAACUCGAUAAGGGACAUUGGAUAGUUCUUAAACCAAAAAUCUGCAGGAAGUCACUAUUCCACGCGAACGGAGUCGCGGGCAAGAGCUUGAGUAAUAUUAAUUUUUACCAUUUUUUUCUUACAGGUGCAUAAUGUAAAUCACCCCUUAACCGAAAAAAGAUGUCAUCCCAAAUCAUGUCACAUGGUAUCUACCGUCGGGAUUCGAACGAAAUCCAAGAAAAACCGCUUGAAAUCGACACAGAGUCAAACCCCGACCGCAGCCGAUCGAGUAGUCCAAAAAAUAUGAAGUUUUAUAAACAAAUUGACGAAGAGAAGACCAUUUUGAAUCAGGGAAAGAAGUCUUUUUGUAUAGACGCGCUUCUUUCAAGACAGUUGCCUGAAAAUAGUCUUCAGGACAAAAUGGCGCAUCAGAAAUAUUUAACAAUUAUACAUAAUAAAAAUUAUAUUGGACGGUACCAGGAUAACUACGAUUCCCAAAUUGAACAGAAUAUGAUUAACAAAUGCGAGGGUCGGGAGAGUCCUACCUCUGGACAACGGAGUCCCAGGUCUGGGCAGAGCAGUCGGUCGGCUAGUCCAGGGUCUGAUGAUGGCAAUAGAUCUGGAAGUUACAGUCCUCCGAUAUCGCCGGGAGUGGAAGGUGGAAAUGAAGAAUAUGAGAGUUAUAGACCAGGCAUAAUCCCGAAGCCAGGGUUGUUACCUCAAAACCCAGCUUUAGUAGCUGCCCAAUCUGCUGCACUAUUCAAUUACCCUCAACUGUCACAACCGGGCGCUUUGCCCCCUGGAGCUCCACUGCCGUCCGCCUUCCAUCACCCUGGAGACAGGGUGCUUCAUCACAUGCAGCUCGAAUGGCUCGCGAGGACUGGCAUGUUUUACCAUAGAAUACCUGAACUUGGAGGUGCACCCCACGCUCUUCUCGGCAAGACCAGAAGACCACGUACAGCAUUCACGUCACAGCAACUCCUGGAGUUGGAGAAGCAGUUCAGGAUGAACAAGUAUCUCUCCAGGCCGAAGAGGUUCGAAGUUGCUACCAGCUUGAUGCUGACAGAGACUCAGGUAAAAAUCUGGUUCCAAAACAGAAGAAUGAAAUGGAAACGAUCGAAAAAGGCCCAACAAGACUCCAAAAACAAAGACACGCCACAGACUGAAGACAAGAAACCAAAAGAAAUACAAAACGAACAAGAAAAACCGCCAUCAAUGGCGGGAGAUUUGACAGCUGUCAAACCUAUGUUAGAUAGGGACAGAAUUAUCGCGCUCGAGAGAGAAAGAGCGAUGGCUGCUGCGAAUUUCAAUUCGAAUUUGGAAAAUAGGCGCGGUUUGGUCGUUAUGAACCAAGAUGGCGGAAGACCUAUGGACAUGUUUAGGCCGUAUGUAGUAUGAGAAUAAAAUUACCUUUUCGUUUUUUAUUAACUACAUAAUUCGUUAUUUUUGUAUGAAGAACCGACAAU